AGCGUCUGAGGCUCUGAGGCCCGGGCGCCGCGGCUCUUUUGUUUCUGCGCCGGGUCGAGCCCGGGCCCUCGUUGGAGCUGGAGUCGGAGUCGGAGUCGGAUCCGGAUUCGGAUUAGCAGUCCGGGGAGAGUGCCGCGGCGCAGACGCCACAGGGAGCGCGACCCUCGGACCCCGCCUGGCCCGCGGGGCUGGGACCCGGCCCCGGCCUGCCCGAUGGGGCGCGCGGCCCCGGAGAUGCGCCCGCGCCCCCGGCCCCGCGCCCCCGGCCCGCCCGCCGCGGCCCGCGCCUCCGCCUGAGCCCCUCGCGCCCCGGCCCGCCGCCCCCCGCCCCGCGCCACCAGCCCGCCCGCGCCAUGGAGCCCGGCCGCGGCGGCACCGAGACCGUGGGCAAGUUCGAGUUCUCCCGCAAGGACCUGAUCGGCCACGGCGCCUUCGCGGUGGUCUUCAAGGGCCGCCACCGCGAGAAGCACGAUCUGGAGGUCGCUGUCAAGUGCAUUAACAAGAAGAACCUCGCCAAGUCUCAGACGCUGCUGGGGAAGGAAAUCAAGAUCCUGAAGGAACUGAAACAUGAAAACAUCGUGGCCCUGUACGACUUCCAGGUAAGGUUCCUGGGCUGCUGUUUGCUGGGACGGGGCUGGGGGACUGGCCCCAGGUGCUGGGUACCCUGGUCAACACUGGUGUUGAGCCUGACCAGGCUGGGGUCUGCUGGGCCCCUGGAGACCCCACCCUGGUUCCAGGCCUGGGCUGGGCUGGCUGUUGCAGUGGCUUCUCCAGCUGUACGGGGUGGGGGAGGGGCCGCCGGAGAUUCCUGCUCGCUGGCAGUCAGGCCUGGCCUGGGUGUAGUGGGCUGCUGCUGGCUGGCCAAGGAGGUGACCUCAGGCCCAGCUGGCCCCAGGAUGCAGGCGGUGGGACCAGCUGGCUUUGGUGCUGCCCGUAUGCCCUGGAACCCAGGGCUGGCCCGGCUGGGACUGGCCCAGCCCCUGGCUGAGGGAAGGGCUGGCCGGCCAGCCGUGUUUUGGUGGCUUCCUCCCUCUGCGUGGCAGGGCUUUGCUGUGGCCUUGGGGACCGUCACAAGCCAUGGGCUGCCUGUUGCCCGAGAUCCCGUGACUGCCUUCACCACGGCCCUGCAGCUAAAGGCCUUGCUGGGCUACCCAGCUGUGACUCACUCAGGCCCUGCAGACAAAGCCCCUGCCUGGACCUGCCUCAACCCCCUGAAGCUGAACUCCCAGAUAGUCAAGACCCCCAGGCCCAGCAGGCGAGUCACAGAGGAGCCCCAGAGAGAGUCACUGCUGCCCGUGGGGAGCUGGAUGCCCACAGCCCUGAGGGCCUAUCAAGCUGUCAUUGUCCCAGGGCAGUUGGGGCGAAUGUCUGUGUACUGCAACGGCGGGGACCUGGCCGACUACCUGCACACCAUGCGCACGCUGAGCGAGGACACCAUCAGGCUCUUCCUGCAGCAGAUCGCGGGCGCCAUGCGGCUCCUGCACAGCAAGGGCAUCAUCCACCGCGACCUGAAGCCGCAGAACAUCCUGCUGUCCAACCCCGCCGGCCGCCGCGCCAACCCCAACAGCAUCCGCGUCAAGAUCGCUGACUUCGGCUUCGCGCGGUACCUCCAGAGCAACAUGAUGGCGGCCACGCUCUGCGGCUCCCCCAUGUACAUGGCUCCUGAGGUCAUCAUGUCGCAGCACUACGACGGGAAGGCGGACCUGUGGAGCAUCGGCACCAUCGUCUACCAGUGCCUGACCGGGAAGGCACCCUUCCAGGCCAGCAGCCCGCAGGACCUGCGCCUGUUCUAUGAGAAGAAUAAGACGCUGGUGCCCACCAUCCCACGGGAGACCUCAGCCCCGCUGCGCCAGCUGCUCCUGGCCCUGCUCCAGCGCAACCACAAGGACCGCAUGGACUUCGAUGAGUUUUUCCAUCACCCUUUCCUCGACGCCAGCCCCUCAGUCAGGAAGUCCCCGCCUGUGCCUGUGCCCUCGUACCCAAGCUCUGGGUCUGGUAGCAGCUCCAGCAGCAGCUCCACCUCCCACCUGGCCUCCCCGCCGUCCCUGGGCGAGAUGCAGCAGCUACAGAAGACCCUGACCUCCCCAGCUGACGCCACCGGCUUCCUGCACAGCUCCCGGGACUCUGGCGGCAGCAAGGACUCCUCUUGUGACACAGACGACUUCGUCAUGGUCCCCGCGCAGUUUCCAGGUGACCUGGUUGCUGAGGUACCCAGUGCCAAGCCCCCUCCAGACAGCCUGAUGUGCAGUGGGAGCUCGCUGGUGGCCUCUGUGGGCCUGGAGAGCCAUGGCCGGACCCCAUCUCCAUCCCCACCCUGCAGCAGCUCCCCUAGUCCCUCAGGCCGGGCUGGCCCGUUCUCCAGCAGCAGGUGUGGCGCCUCGGUCCCCAUCCCGGUCCCCACGCAGGUGCAGAACUACCAGCGCAUCGAGCGAAACCUGCAGUCACCCACCCUGUUUCAAACGCCUCGGUCCUCUGCCAUCCGCAGGUCAGGUAGCACCAGCCCCCUGGGCUUUGCACGGGCUAGCCCUUCACCCCCUGCCCACGCUGAGCAUGGAGGCGUCCUGGCCAGGAAGAUGUCCCUGGGUGGAGGCCGGCCCUUCACGCCAUCCCCUCAAGUUGGAACCAUCCCUGAGCGGCCAGGCUGGAGCGGGACGCCCUCCCCACAGGGAGCAGAGAUGUGUGGUGGCAGGUCCCCUCGUCCAGGUUCGUCUGCGCCCGAGCACUCCACCCGCACUUCCGGGCUGGGCUGCCGCCUGCACAGCGCCCCCAACCUGUCCGACCUGCACGUUGUCCGCCCCAAGCUGCCCAAACCCCCCACGGACCCCCUGGGAGCCGUGUUCAGCCCUCCACAGGCCAGCCCUCCCCAGCCGUCCCACGGGCCACAGUCCUGCCGGAACCUGCGGGGCUCACCCAAGCUGCCUGACUUCCUGCAGCGAAACCCCCUGCCCCCCAUCCUGGGCUCCCCCACCAAGGCUGUGCCCUCCUUCGACUUCCCAAAGACUCCCAGCUCCCAGAACCUGCUGGCCCUCCUAGCCCGGCAGGGCGUGGUAAUGACACCCCCUCGAAACCGGACGCUGCCCGACCUCUCUGAGGUGGGACCCUUCCAUGGUCAGCCGCUGGGCCCUGGCCUGCGGCCAGGCGAGGACCCCAAGGGUCCCUUUGGCCGGUCUUUCAGCACGAGCCGUCUCACCGACCUGCUCCUGAAGGCGGCGUUUGGGACACAAGCGCCAGACCCUGGCAGCACAGAGAGCCUGCAGGAGAAGCCCAUGGAGAUUGCACCCUCAGCUGGCUUUGGAGGGAGCCUGCAUCCAGGAGCCCGUGCUGGGGGUGCCAGCAGCCCCGCCCCCGUAGUGUUCACCGUGGGCUCUCCCCCGAGUGGGAGCACGCCACCCCAGGCACCCCGCACCAGAAUGUUCUCAGUGGGCUCCGCUGGCUCCUCUGCCCGCCACCUGGGGCCUGGAGCCUGCAGUGAGGCCCCAGCCCCCGAGCUCUCUGCUCCAGGACGUGGCUGCAGCUUUGCCGACCCCAUUGCUGCCAACCUGGAGGGGGGUGUGACCUUCGAGGCCCCCGACCUACCCGAGGAGACCCUCAUGGAGCAAGAGCACACGGAGAUCCUGCACGGCCUGCGCUUCACACUGCUCUUCGUGCAGCACGUUUUGGAGAUUGCAGCCCUGAAGGGCAGUGCCAGCGAGGCAGCCGGGGGUCCUGCGUACCAGCUGCAGGAGAGCGUGGUGGCCGACCAGAUAAGCCUGCUGAGCCGAGAAUGGGGAUUUGCAGAGCAGCUGGUGCUGUACCUGAAGGUGGCCGAGCUGCUGUCCUCUGGUCUGCAGACGGCCAUCGACCAGAUCCGGGCCGGGAAGCUCUGCCUGUCGUCCACUGUGAAGCAGGUGGUGCGCAGGCUGAAUGAGCUGUACAAGGCCAGCGUGGUGUCCUGCCAGGGCCUGAGCCUGCGGCUGCAGCGCUUCUUCCUAGACAAGCAGCGGCUCCUGGACCGCAUCCACAGCAUCACUGCGGAGAGGCUCAUCUUCAGCCACGCCGUGCAGAUGGUACAGUCGGCCGCCCUGGACGAGAUGUUCCAGCACCGCGAGGGCUGCGUGCCGCGCUACCACAAGGCCCUGCUGCUCCUGGAGGGGCUGCAGCACAUGCUCUCGGACCAGGCCGACAUCGAGAACGUCGCCAAGUGCAAGCUGUGCAUUGAGCGGAGACUCUCAGCGCUGCUGACUGGCAUCUGUGCCUGACCUUUCUGGCCUGGCUGGGCUCCGGGUUCUGCCGAGACCUGCAGGGUGGGCUCCGUGUGCUGGUGGGACUCCUCAAGACAAACCCAUGGUAGCGAUCGCUGGUGCUGAGCCCUGCCCGGGGCCCCACGGACCGUCAGCCUGCCAGACUUCCUGCAGGUCACGUGGCGAAACCAGCAGAUCAGGAGCCACACAGCUUGCGGGGCUCUCCCAUCUUUUGCAGGUGGGGAUCACAGAACUUCUGCUCCUCCAGCUGCCUGGCACAGCAGGCAUGGUUGCCACCACCCUCUAGCCCCAGGGCAGCGCCAGAGGACAGGCAAAGGGCCUGAGACCGCUGCCGACUCAAAGCCAAAGCGAGCUCCUGCUCAGGCCAGGUCAGCAGUCGCUGUGCCCAGGAAGAGCCUGCGGCCUCGGCAUCCCCAUCUCCAGGAGCCUCUCCCUCCGAGACGCCCACCCAGCUUUGUCAGCCACUGAGCACUUUAUGCAGAUGAGAGACAGAGCCUGGACCUCACCAGGGACUGCUGGGCAGCGAUUCCUGGCAGUGGCCUGGUGUUUGUACAUAACACAUACGUGGACACAUAUGCCAGGGCCUCCAAGCCUGAGCACUGGCCACGGAGCUGCCCUGGCCUGGACCUCGGGAGGGGAACGGGCUCCGGGCGAGGAGCCAUGCGCUGGAGGGAGAGGCGCUGCUUUUUUCAGGUGCUUCCCCGGGGACCGGCAGCAGAGGCACCGCGCUCUAAGCCCUGGAACGUCUUGUCGUUUCUCACACUUUAUUCCUAAAAUGUGUCUUAUUUUUAUGCAGCUCAUUUUUUCUUUAAUGGAGAAAACUUGUAGGUGUUUAAGAAUUGGUUUUGGGAGGGUGAGGACCGGGUCAGGUUAGAGGCAGAGGUGCAGGGGUGUGCGUGGAGGGUGGGUGAGGCUGCUCUGUGCAUACCUGUGUCGGUGGCUGUCCCCUGCCCUCUCCCUGUGGCAGCAGCAGGACAGGUGUGUGCCCAGCACCCUCCCCAUCUGGGCCUGGGGGCAGAUGAGGGGAAUACUUCAGAAAAAGUAAAAUAUGCAAAAGCUCCCUUCCAGCUUUGACAGUUUUGAUGUCAGCUCCUUGGCAGGGUAGGCCUGAUGACAGCCCUGUCCCUGCUUGCCUCGGCCUUGCCCAGGGCCACCGAUGGUGUCCGCAGAGAGGCCGGCCUUUCGGGUUCCAGGCGGGCAUGCGCUGCAGACCUCGCCUGGGCUCCCCUGGUCUGCCCAGCCCUCGGUCAGCCUUGCCUGAAUCUACUUGAAUGAAUCCCCGGUGUGUGGGAGGCAGCGGUGGGGCCAUGGACCCAUGCGGGGGUUCCAGGGUCACACGCCACGUAAUAGACAAAAAUACACACACGUGUGUUUUUCUUUGCAAUACUUGAAAUAUUGCCACUGUGCUUGGACUUCGAAGAAGAAAACCCCCGUGACUUCUUCCUCAUCACCCUGAUGGCUUUAUUCUCACAUUGUGGGGCAUGUUCGUAUUUAUUGCUUCAUGGCCGACUGGAAUCCCGAGUCCUGGGAAGCUGGCACUGCGGGGAUCCUGCCCGGGGCCCUGGUCCUCUGGCUUCCAUCGCGGCCGCGUGUGCGUGUGUCCGAGCAGGUUCUGGGUGCCUCAACUCAAGAACGCUGCCACUGGUUGUCCUCCACCUGGUCAUGCUGGACCAUUUGUCAAUUUUAAAGGAAAUUUUGUGUGAUUUCCUGCUCUUUGCGUUAUAUUGUGUAAUAUCAAUUUAAGGAAAUAAACCUUUGAAAUUGU